AUGACGCUCUCGCACGGCGGGAAGGAGAACGCGAGCGGCGGCGACCGCGGCGCCGCUCCCCAUCCUCCGGACGGCGGAUGCGGCCGCGUCCGCGGAUGGCUCUCGCGCGCGGGGCUUCACGCGUACCACGAGGCGUUCGCGCGAACGACCGAACGAUCGUUCGGCGCGCUGAUGAUGUCCGACUUCGCGUCCCACGGCGUCGUGGACACGGCGGAUAAGCAGAAGUUAUUCCGUCUGAUCAAGACGCUGAACAGCGAGGGCGCGUUUCGAAGCGCGAGGAGCGCUGCCGCCGCGGGGGAGCGAUCGAGGGGUGCCAACGCGAUGAAUAAUAACGGCCCUAAAUCUUCACGCGACGGCGGCGUCGACCCCGCGGCGGUGUUCACCCCCGAGGCGCGGCGGCGGUACGACGACGUCAUCCGCGCGGAGCCGAACCUCUCGCCUCUGCUGUCCUCCCCCGUGGACGUGGACGACGACCUCCUGAGAGAGGCGCACGGCGUCGCGGGCGGGCUCGACGCGGAGGGCGGAUCGCUCCUCGACCUUCGCGACCGAGGCGGCUUGGGCGAAGAUUUCCUCACUCGCGUCAUCGCCAGUCCCGGCGGCGAUUCCGGCGGCGAUCUCUCCGCGUCGCCGCUCGAGAAGCUCCACGAGCUCUCGCGCGAGUACAACAACAACAAUAACGCGACGACGACGGAAGAAGAAACGGCGGAGCGGAGGGCGUUUCUCGACGCGACGACGACGAAGAUCGAGCCCGCGUCUUCGCCCGCGCGCGUGGCGUCCUUCGACGGCGACAGAUCGAAGAUCCGCGUCGUCGUGAGGAAGCGUCCGAUGAACCGAAAGGAACACGAGCUCGGUCAGGAGGACAUCGUCACGAUGAAUCGCGCGGAUCGAAAUCGAUCGGGCGACGCGGGGACGACCGGGACGACCGGGACGACCGGGCUGGGCGGUCGCGGUAUACCGGGAAAAGUUGUCGUCUGGGAACCUAGGCAAAAGGUGGAUCUCACGCGGUACACCGAGCGGCACGAGUUCGCGUUCGACGAGGUCUACCCGGAGAGCUCCAACAACGACGAGAUCUACCGCGACUGCGUGAAGCCGCUCGUGGGGAGCAUAUUUCACAGGUGCAAGGUGACGUGCUUCGCGUACGGACAGACGGGGAGCGGAAAGACGCACACGAUGUCGCCGCUGCCGAUCCGAGCCGCGGGGGAAAUUCUAGCGUAUCUCGCGAGGCCGGAGAACGCGUCGCUCGCGUUGCACGUGUCCUUCUUCGAGAUCUACGGCGGCAAGGUGUACGACCUCCUGAACGGCCGAAGGAAGCUCGUCAUACGCGAGGACGCGCGGUCGCAGAUGUGCGUCGUGGGUUUACAAGAGUUUGAGAUCGCGGACGUGGAUCUCGUCGAGCGGCUCAUCGAGCACGGAACCGCGGCGAGGUGCGUGGGAAGCACCGGCGCCAACGCGGAGUCGUCGCGCUCGCACGCGAUCCUCCAGCUCGCGCUGAAGCGCCGCGGCGGAUCAUGCGGCGGAAGCGGCGGCGGCGUCGGAAGCGGCGGCGACGCCAGCGGCGCGAAGAACGACGCGGAGUCGAUCGCGAGGGAGGCGGCGGAGACGCUUCAGAUGCCGCCGUCCGUCGCCGCGCGGAUGGCGGCGAACGAGAAGGUGCGUUCUCCUCACACUGGUCCCCGCGACGCUCGGACGGUGAUGAUCGCCAACGUCUCUCCCGCGACGGGCUCGUGCGAGCACACGCUGAACACGCUGCGGUACGCGUACCGCGUGAAGGAGCUGCGCGGCGACGGCGGCGGGAACGGCGGCGGCGGCGGCGGCGGCGGGAAGAAGUCGGUCGUCGGCGCGGGGCGCGCGCUCGCGGCGGACGGCGUCACGCCAAUCAACGCGGGGACGUCGUCGUCGUCUUCGAGCGGUCGCGGCGGCGCCGACGCGUCGGAACCCGCGAUACCCCUCGAGCGGCCGGAACCGUCGAGGGUUCGGCCGAGCACCGCGAGAGAGGGGGGACGGUACGGGUACGCGAACGCGGGCGGCGGCGCCGCGGGAGCGAGGGGGGUGGCCGCGUUAUCGUCGCGAGACGUCUCCGGCGGGGCUUCUUCCGCCGACGACGCCGCCACCGCGGCGGACCCGCGGACGACGGCGUUCGAUCCGACCGCGCCCGCAGUCGCGACGAAGCGACCGACGACGGCGAACGGUGGCGACGCGUCGUCCGUGCGGAGGAGCCUGAACUCGUUGAAACUGACGAGCGCGGACCGACGCGCGGCGAACGCGUCCGGCGGCGGCGGGAGCCCCGCGAAGGGGAGCCCGAGGAAGCCGCCGCCGUCGUCGUCGUCGGGGUCGGGGUCGGGGUCGUCGCGGAUCCCGCGCCCGUCCACCGCGCCGCCGUCGCGCGCGUCGCCGACGAAAGCCGCGGCCGCGAGACGCGCGGCCGCGGAGAGAGUCGCCGCGGUGAUUGCGGAGAGGGAAGAGAAGGAGCGCGGCGCGGCGGCGGCGGCGGCGGCGGCGGCUUCGCCCCCCGGCGGCUUACCGCCGACGCCGAAACGCGCGGGCCCCGGCGGGGGCGGACCCGGCGCGGUCGGCGGCAAGUCGCGCCUCGCGACCGCGGCGACGACCAAGACGCGCGCGGCGACGCACGCGGCGACGGCGAUGUCGCCGUCGGCCGCCGCCGCCGCCGCCGCGCGAGCCGCCGCGGACGGCACCGGCCCCCCCGUAGACGCGGCGAAGAUGGAAGAGGAGGAGGUGAUCGCGGCGCACCGCGCGACGAUCGAGCAGACGAUGGAGCUCGUCAAGGCGGAGAUGAAGCUUCUGUCGGACGUGGACAAGCCCGGGAGCGCGAUCGACGCGUACGUGGAGAAGCUGUCGCGCGGGUUGGAGAAAAAGGCGACCGCGAUCGACGCGUUGCGCGCGAAAGUGAACGCGUUCCAGACGCACCUGCGCGAGGAGGAAAUCCUGAGCGCGUGCGUCGGGCUGAACUGA